AUGGAUGACAUUGAUCUGCAUUAUUCCAUGAGGUACAUAAUAAACUACAGAAAUGUAUCUGUUAUGAUGUUAUGCCAUCUAUUAUGCCUGCUGAAACAACAUCUGAAGAUGACACUAACCUAUCCAGACAUUCCGGUUAUUAUAACGGACGAAGUUGCCCAGUACUAUCGCUCCCGAGACCCAAGAAUAAUUCAAGAAUUUAGGGAAAGCACAUACGUUGCAAGGAAAAACAUCGAGAAGCUUAUUCUAAGGGUGAGCAGAUGGAUAGUAAUGUGCGAGGAACAAUUCGAUUACUUCCAAGGCUACGACCACUUUGAGUCGAACGUGUGCAGCGAUUUCGACAAGCUUCUUGAGGAUUACUUUAAAAAUAAAAGCUCUGAAGAGAAUAAAAAAAGAUGGGAUGACCUACAAGAAUUUGUUGAAAUUUGUAGUUACAGAUACCUAAAUUACGACAGCCAGAAGGCUAACUGGCUUGCAGGGAUAAGUAAAACAAUUUCAAAGUGCGAUGAGCUUAAUACACUCCUGAACGCAAAGCUGUGUUUUGUGCCGAAGGAGGCUCUAGACAGCGAAGACUAUGUGAUGGGGAUUAUCCAGUCCGAGAUGCAAAACCACCCAUGGACACCCACUCACUACCUGGAGGAAGCGAAGCACAGGUAUGUGAUCGUCACACUAAUGAAUCUUCUGCACAUGGUGGCAGAAGUAAAGAACAAAGAGAAUUCCUUCUGGAUACUCGAAAAGGAGUUAAAAAACAGAAUGCCAGGCUUGAAGAAAGAGGAAAGACUUCUGGAUGUUUCUUAUCAAAGCGGAACAGAAGAAAAAAAGCCGGCUGUUGGGAUUUUCAAGAAGUGUAUCAUUUUAGUUAAGGAUGCUAGACUAUCAAGCGUGGUAGUGAUUGUUGGAAUUGGUAUGGCAAUAGGUAUUAUUAAAUUCCUGAAUUGA